AGCGCUGCUGCUGCCUGCCUCGCUCUUCGUUCCUCUCCCUGCUCCUCCUGCUGCUUCUCUAGCCCAUGGCUCCUCCUCCGCUGCCGCCGACGCCCGCGCGUCCGCCCGCGCCGACUAUUCGCGGCUUCUCGGCCCCCACGUCGUCAUCGUCGCGCCAACCGCCGCCCCUCCAGACGCCCGAGUGCACCACGCGCACGCUGGCCUUCGACUCGGCCGCCCUCUCCAGCGCCGCCGCCUCGCGCGCCAAGAAGCGCCGCCGCCGCGUGGCCGAAGCCGCCGCCCUCAUCACCGCGCGCCGGCCGCUGGACACGGAGCAGGAGGACGCAGAGGAGACCAAGGAGGACAACGCCAUGUGGACGCUCAAGACGGCGGAGGACGCCGUGAGACGUCCGACUCAUCUGCAGGAGGACGCUCUCAAGCCGCCGCCCGCUGCGUCCAGGAAGACAACUCCACCAAAGGACCACAGGCAGCAGACGGUGGACAGACUGCGCGCGCUCGUCCGCGCGUGCACGCGCCAGCACCACGCGGCGUCCGCGCUCUUCUACGCGGACAAGCUGGUGGCCAUGUCGCCCAGAGACGAGCAAGACGUGCUGCUGUUCGCGGACGCCUGCUACCUGAACAAGGAGUUCCACAGGGCUAUUCACGCGCUCAAGACGGCGCGGCUCGUGGACGUGGAGAGGGAAGACGGACGUGCAGCGGUGAAGCUGGUGACGUUGAAGGCCGUGCUGCUGUUGGGCAGGUGCAUGCUGGCUAUUAAGCAGAAGGAGGAGUGUCUGGAGCUGCUUGGGUCGGUGCUGCCCGAGAGGGAGCAGGAGGUGGUGUUACUAGCGAAGAAGGUGCAGCUGGAGCUUAUGGAGGAAGAAAAGGAGGGGGUCAAUGUGGUGGCGUCGCUGGCGCUGCUGAUGGGCGAGACGCUCGAGGCGAUCGGGAACCGGGAGAACGCCACUGUGUACUUUCGGAUCGCGCUGAGGUGCGACGUGCACUGCUCGGAGGCGUUCUUCCACCUGUUUGACAAGCAAAUGCUAUCGGCGCAAGAGGAGAAGGAGCUGCUGGCGUCGUUGGACUUCUCGGCCGAUGAAAUGGAACUACUGGAGCUGCUGUACCGAACGCGCGUCGGGAAGUACGCUACGACGCCAUCGGUGGCUGAGAAGUUUACUGAGGUGGAACAGAAAUUCGGCCUCGCCGACAAUCUAGACCUGAACGUCACUCGAGCGGAGACGUACUAUUACCAGCAUGAUAUUCAACAGGCGCAUGAAAUUUGUGAAAGGGUUCGUGAGCGGGAUCCUUUUAAUUUCCGCGUGAUUGCAGUGUACGUGGGUACACUCGUAGAGCUCGGGAAGAAACGGGAGCUGUAUCACUACGCGCACCAAAUGGUCGACGUGUACCCGACUAAGGCGUCAGCCUGGUACACUGUUGGUUGUUACUAUCUCCUGAUCCAGAAAUAUGAAGCUGCGCAGCGAUACUUCCACAAAGCUACAUCUCUGGAGCCCAGCUUCGCGCCCGCAUGGAUCGGAUUUGGCAACUCGUUCGCAGCACAGGAUGAGAGUGAUCAGGCGAUGUCAUCGUACCGGACAGCGUCGAGUCUCUUCCCCGGUUCGCACCUGCCACCUCUGUACAUCGGCAUGGAAUAUCUUCGCACCAACAACUUGGUCCAAGCGCAGGAAUAUAUCCGGCAAGCCAGCGUUAUCUGCCCCACGGAUCCUUUGGUCUACAAUGAGCUGGGCAGUGUAUAUUAUAAGGAGAAGGACUAUCAUCAAGCAAUUGAGAUGUUCACCAAGGCCUUACAACUGUGCAAGGGGCUUCCCGAGCGACUAAUGGAGGCCUGGGAGCCGACGCUAUUCAAUCUUGGGUACUCGUACCGCAAACUUCGGAAAUUCGAUCAAGCAAUCCAUUAUUUCCAGAGUGCACUCAGGUUAUCUCCGCGGAAUGCAUCGAUCCUCGCUGCCCUCGGCUUUACCUAUCAUAUGAAGGGCAGUCUUGAGCAAGCGAUUGAGAAUUACCACGCGGCGCUAGCAUACAACCCGGAAGAUACUCUAGCAGGCUCCAUGAUUACCGUAGCGUUCGAGGAAUCACUGUCUGGAGGUCCUGGUUCAUUCCCUGAGUUUGCAGAACCUGCCCCGAGAGAUGCCCCCAAGACAAGCGGCCUCACUCCGAUGAGUGCUGCGCUCACGGCUCGCCGAUCUCUCGGAUCGAAUGACAAGGCCCAGCUCUCUCGGCGACUGGACCAAUCCUACAGCAGCAUUGAACGCAGUAGGCAAUCGCUAGCAUGUUCAAGCCUGGACUUUUCUGAUGACAGCUCCAUGAACAUGGACGAAGAUUGACGCGCGAAAACAAUGGAAACUCAUCCUGACACUGU